AUGGAGAGCAGCGUGGUCCACAUCUUCAAGGAGGACCGAUGUCCCACGGGCCAGCCGGAGGACUGUGUCCCCAACUUCACCUGGCAGCCCGGGUCCUCGGACCUCUUCAACUACACCCCCAACGGCACCUGGGACUCCGAGCCCGAGCCCCUGUCGCCCAUCAUCCCCAUCAUAGUGGCGGUGUACUCCGUGGUGUUCGUGGUGGGCUUGGUGGGCAACUGUCUGGUGAUGUAUGUCAUCAUUAGAUACACCAAAAUGAAAACGGCCACCAACAUCUACAUCUUCAACCUGGCCGUGGCCGACGCCCUGGUCACCACCACCAUGCCCUUCCAGAGCACCGACUACCUGCUCAGCUCCUGGCCGUUUGGAAACGUGGCGUGCAAAGUCUUCAUCUCCAUCGACUACUACAACAUGUUCACCAGCAUCUUCACCCUGACCAUGAUGAGCGUGGACCGCUACGUGGCCGUGUGUCACCCGGUCAAGGCCCUGGACAUCCGCACGCCCGUCAAGGCCAAGAUCAUCAACGUGGUCAUCUGGAUGCUGUCGUCUGCCGCCGGGAUCCCUGCCAUGAUACUGGGCAGCACUAAAACCAACAACGGAACCACAGAAUGUGCCCUACAGUUCCCCGAGCCCUACAUCUACUGGGACACGCUGAUGAAGAUCUGUGUCUUCAUCUUCGGCUUCGUGGCGCCUGUCAUCAUCAUCACCGUCUGCUACACGCUGAUGGUCAUGCGGCUGAAGAGCGUGCGCCUCCUGUCGGGCUCGCGCGAGAAGGACCGCAACCUCCGCCGCAUCACGCGCCUGGUGCUGGUGGUGGUCGCCGUCUUCGUGGUGUGCUGGACGCCCAUCCACAUCUUCAUCCUGGUCAAGGCCCUGUCGGCCAACGUGCCCGAGACCACCGCCGUCAUGGCCGCUUACUUCUUCUGCGUGGCGCUGGGCUACACCAACAGCAGCCUCAACCCCAUCCUCUACGCCUUCCUCGACGAGAACUUUAAGAGGUGCUUCAGGGACUUCUGCUGCCCUGGGAAGCCGGGACACAGGGACUGCCAGGGGGUGAGCCGGGUGAGGAGCACCCUGCGGGACCACUCGUGUCCCACAGACCCUCACGGAGGUGUGAGGCAGCCCAGGCCCGUAUGA